AUGGAACCGCUCCGGUCUUUGUCACGACAUGGCUCCGAAAAGUCUGAAGCACGCCGGGAGCGCUCUCACGCGGACACUACCGUGCGCAAUGCCGCCAAUACAAUGAUUGCCGUCACUGAAUCCUUCCGUCACCAUUUUCAGCAACAACAGUAUACUGCCUUGCCAGAUCCCCCUGCCCGCUCUUACACCCUCACACACACACACUCGCGGGCGUCAACCAGCAGCAGCACCUCAUCACAGCGUUUGGUAGAUUAUAGUCCUGCGAGGCAGGCAAGCUUCUCCAACCUGUCAUGGUCGUCGACUCCACAUUAUCGCACCGGCUCUUUACAGGAUGAUCCUAUCUCCAUUCACACAUCUGACUCAGGUUCAUCAUAUACCCUCAUUCAACCAGAGUCUGAUCCCGAGGUCGCACAAAUCACAAUACACAUCCCCGAUGACCUGAUCCGCCUAUCUAGCCCAAAUCUCCCUGACCGAUUGGAAACGCCUCAUACUCCAACCUCCCGUUAUGAUAUCCCGGACCCCAUCAUCGAUGAACAACCACAGAUGGACUACAUGCAAUCCGAUAUUAGACAACCAGAACCGAUAUCAGAACCAUAUCCACCAUCAGAAGUUGCUCUCAACGAUGGUGGUCUCGUUCAAGCUGCCAGGCGCCUCGACGCGUUUAGAGCGAAUGCGCACGAAUACAUGCCUCUAAGACCCGACUGCGGUACCGAAACUAGGCGGUUUGGUACCAUCACUCAUAUCCGUGCCGGUUCUGAGCAAGAGUCUCUUGUUUCCCACAAAGUCCGAAGGAAGCCGUUGGAUCCAAGCGCCAAAACCCUUAGGUUCAACCACUCAUUUACCAACGAAAUUCUCUUCGUCGUUGCCAUUUGCCUGGCCCAGGUGCUGGCGUUGGCUGGCUUUUCUCAGACUUUGGUUCCCGCGCGGCAGGUGGCAGAGUCCUUCCCGGAUCAAGAGAGGACAUCAGGGCAUCUCGUUUGGUAUACGGCGGCGUACACCUUGGGGACAGGAGCGUUCGUUCUUCCCGGGCACCGACUCGGUCGCGUCUUCGAUCACAAAUUUAUCUUUGUCCUUGGCUAUAUCUGGUUUGCCAUUUGGAGCCUUCUUGCUGGACUGAGCGUCUAUAUCAAAGUUAACGGCGGAGCGUGUACCAUCUUCUUCUGCUUUUGCCGUGGUAUGCAAGGAAUCGGUCCCGCGCUGCUCAUACCUAAUGGCCAGGCUCUUCUUCAGCGCGCGUACCCGCCUAGUCCACGCAAAACCAUCGUUCUGGGCUUGUUCGACGCAGCUACUCCCCUGGGAUUUGUACUCGGCUCCGGCAUGACAAGUCUCUUCGGCCACUUCUCAUGCUGGCCCUGGGCAUUCUAUUCUCUCGCUGCUGUAUGUCUAGCUUCUGCAGCACUAAGCAUGCUCAUCCUUCCACGGAGAAAUGUUUUGAUACAUGAUAUGGAGGGAAAUCUCUGGAGCCGUCUCGAUAUCAUGGGUGCUCUUUGCGGCAUUGCUGGACUGGUACUGUUUUGCGCAGGCUGGAACCAAGCUCCCAUUGUUUCGUUCAAAAACGCCGAGGCUUAUGUCCUCCUCGCCAUCGGCUUCAUGCUGAUAAUUGCUUUUGUAUAUCUCGAAGUACGAGCCAGCCAUCCGCUCGUGCCUUUCAAGCAGAUGCAAGCAUCUGCAGCUAUCGCUCUCGGGUGUGUCGCCGCUAGCUGGGCUGGCUUUGGUGUCUGGGUUUGGUAUCUUAUUCAAUUCAUGGAGGUUCUUCGAGGUUGGGAUGCUCUCCGCUUGAGCGCUGGUUUUGUUCCUCUGCUCGUGGCUGGCGUUAUCACGGCAGUUGUGUUCAGCCAGUUUAUGAACAAGAAGUUGACACCGCAUGGGGCCUUGGCCGUCUCAUCAAUUGCGGUUCUCGUCAGUUCUAUUCUCAUGGCCACGGCCCCAGAGAAGCAGUCGUACUGGCUCAACGCUUUCAUCAGCAUUCUCAUCAUGCCAGUGGGACUGGUUUUGUCCAUCCCCUCCACCGUUGGCGUUCUCGGUCGAAGCAUGCCCCAAGAAUACCAAGGCCUAGCGGGUGGCCUUACUGCCACUCUGACGGGGUAUGCCCUCUCGAUCAGCCUGGGGAUGGCAGGUGUUGUGGAGAGGGAUGUACGGAACAAGGGUGCGACGACACUCGAGGGCUAUCGAGCAGCCCAGUAUUUUGGCUUAGGCGUGAGUGGGCUGAGCGUCAUCCUAGCUCUAAGUUUACUUUGUAUUACUUUCCUUCGGCGUUAG